UAUACGCGAUGCGAUGCGGUCGUGAUUAUGUAUAGCGAUCGAUCGUGCGGUGUCAUUUGGUGUCAUUCUAACCUCUUCGCCAGCGCGGUCGCGUUCGAUCACUCUGUUCGUAAACGGCAAUUUCUCGAUUGUGGCGCGGCGUACGAGUUUUCAAACGGGUGCAUUUUCACGGCAUCGUUUAAACCAUAUCGUGACCAACUUCAUUUCAUUGCCACACUUCGAGUGAGACGAUUCGAAAGUGAACCACCUUUUGCCCGGUAUUACGGCGAGUUUCCGGCGAUCGUUUAUAUAAUCGUAUAUACUCGGUCUCUUGUCGACAUUAGGAAAGAUUGAACGUCGCUCAUACGAUUAGAGUUCCUCCAGCCGAUCAAGAUGUCACCUUUCGUCUCGCGAAUAAAUCAGAUCGAUGCUGCUCAAUUGGACACGGAAAUUUAUAAAGUGCUGAGGGAUAAAACCAAAGAGAUCACUAAAUACUGCACACCUGGUAAGAUUGACAAGUGGCAAGCGGAAGUGGACGCCGUUCUAAAAUUCCUAAUCUGGAAAUUCUCAUUGCAACGAGGUUCUUCGACAUUCGGCCAGCGGCUUCUCAAUCUGCACUACGUCAACAUCACUCAAAGGAAAGCUAUACUCUACUUGAUCCUAAGCGUCGUACCUCAGUACUUGAAAGACAAAUUGGCCCACGAGAACCUGUCCGAACGUGGUGCAUUUGCUCGAGCACUAAAGUCGCUCAUUGAUUGGAUGACGAACGUGAUCAAUCUCCUGGAGCUCGUCAAUCUACUCCUCUUUCUUCAUCGGGGUGUAAAACCACGCGUGAUAGAGCUUCUGCUUGGUCUGUCCAGUCAGUCGAUAACGACACACCGACCCAGAAUCAUUGGUUACUCGUACAUGGCGAGAGAAUUGCUCUGGCACGGUCUGAUGGAACUCUUCACGAUCGGUAUACCCAUGAUAAACUUCCACUACUUGAGACACGUAGUGAUGAGAUUAUGGCGACGACCGAAACCGUCGACCGGGUUGUUGCCGGUGAUGAACGCUGCGACCAAGUGCGCCUACUGUUUCGAGGACCCGAUUCUACCGUCGCACGCCGGCUGCGAACACUUGUUCUGUUACUACUGCCUGCAAGCUCACUUCACCGCGAUGAACGUGUUCCAAUGUCCUAGUUGCAACGCGGAGCUCCAUGCCGGAGAUAUGAAAAGAUACACGAUCGCGAGCGCGUCUUGGAGCGACGACGAGGAAUCGGAUGAUAGCUUCGAAAAAGUGGACGAUGGAUAACGCGAACGUACGUAUAUUUCCAGUUUUAUCAAAGUUAAAAGUGAUCCGAAACUGGAAGUGAUGUUAUUGUGAUGAACGAGUUACGUGCCUGAACUUUCAGUCUUAAUCACUAUCUUUACAAGUGAAAAUGGUUUUAUUACUAUGUGAUAAUGUGUUAAUUCCGUAAAGAGAGAGAGAGAGAGAUUCCCUGCAAUGACCAAAGUAAUUCAAUAAAACAAUAGUGAUUUGUCGCAACA